AUCCCGUGAACGAAACGAACCAGCCGCUCCGGAACUCCUUUCCGCACCACCCUCCCCUUUUAUUUACCACAGCGCCGCUCUAGAUUCGCCGCACCUGUCGCCGUCCGGAAGCCCCGCAGCCCAGACGCGCGAUCGCCUACCCCGGCGAGACCUCAACGGGAGGAAGCCAUUUGACUUGCCGCCCCAUACUAUAUCUAUAUUACGCCCCCGCCAGGGGACAGACGCAGAGGUUCAGAGGCAAAGACAAAGCAGAGCCGUGUCGCCGACGAGGACGGACGGACGGACGGAGCAGACGGCGCAAAGAUCUUUCUCUUCCCCCUUCUUUCCGGCCAAAGCGGCAGGGUUGGGCCCUCGAUCGUCCGUCUUCGCCUCAGUCAACGGCUGUAGAGCGCAGAAUCCCUUCUCUCGCCGGCGCGGCGUGCUCGGUCGAUCGGCUUAGCUUCCGCCUCGCGCCGGUACCCUCGCCGGACAAGCAGCGGAUGGGCUGCGUGUCGUCGUCGCCGAGGCGGUCCAGGCGCGCGCCGGGGUACGAGGAGCCCGCCGUCCUCGCCUCCCAGACCUCCUUCACGGUGAACGAGGUGGAGGCGCUGUACGAGCUCUACAAGAAGCUCAGCUACUCCAUCUUCAAGGACGGCCUCAUCCACAAGGAGGAGUUCCAGCUCGCCCUCUUCAGGACCAGCAAAGGGCCGAGCCUGUUCGCGGACAGGGUGUUCGACCUCUUCGAUCUCAAGCGCAACGGCGUCAUCGAGUUCGGCGAGUUCGUGCGCUCGCUCAGCAUCUUCCACCCCAAAGCGCCUGAAUCGGACAAGACCGCGUUUGCAUUCAAGUUGUAUGAUUUGAGGGGGACAGGCUACAUCGAGAAAGAAGAGCUCCGGGAGAUGGUGGUAGCACUGCUCGACGAGUCCGACCUGUGCAUCUCCGAUAGCGCAGUCGAGGAGAUCGUUGACAAUACGUUCAGUCAAGCAGACUCGAAUGGCGAUGACAGGAUAGACCCCAAGGAGUGGGAGGAGUUCGUCAAGAAGAACCCAGCAUCGCUGAGGAACAUGUCACUGCCCUAUCUCCAGGACAUUACAACGGCGUUUCCGAGCUUUGUGAUGCAUUCGGAAGCCGACGAUUACAGCGGAAUCAGCAAAUAAUAACCGGGCCUUAGUGCCUCAUGAUCCGCUCCGGCUAUCUAUGAACAUGCUGCUGGGAGGCUGGCUGCGCGUUCAAUUCAGAGGCGCGUGAGCUGCAACCGGAAAGCCCGGAGCUCGAAUGGGGGGAGAACGCAAGGGAGCCGAUCCGGUAGCCGGUGAGCGUGAGAUGAUGUCCACCGGACGAUGACUUCAUGUCCAUGUGAGAUGGGCGUCAGACUAUGUAUCUGAGGUUAACUAAGAAAUUGGCUUUUUUUGCGCCUACGUAAGUACGCAGAGGUUGUCAAAACACCGAUCGAGCAGGUGACUAGGCAGUGACUAGUGGCUAGCUUAGAUUGUAAAAUCGCUAAUUAGACUUUGUAAAACUUGUCUUGAGUUGACUUGUAAACCUUGUCCGUUUCGUCGAAGAGUACCAUUUCUCCUUU